GCCGAGCCGAGGGAGGAGAUGCACAGGCUCCAACAAUUGAAGCAUGGGGAUGCCGUUGUUCGCGACUCGUCCGGCGCGGCGUCGAAAUCACCGUCGCAGAACUGCUCCGCGGCUUACCCGCCGCUUCGCCUCCGGAGCGGGCUGGAGCCGGUGUCACGAUCGAGCAGCUGCGAGGAGCACCGGCUAACCGGCGAAAGGGCGAAAAGCUCCUCGGUGUCGACGUUGCAUAAGCACCCGGCCGCGGACAAGCCGGCCGCGUUCUCCUACAAGCUCGAGCGGAUUAAGUCGGUCUCGUUGCCGUACUCGAGUAACUUGGUUAGGCCGGGGAGUAGUUCCGACGUUCCGUCGCACGAUAGGAAAGAGGUGAGCUUAGGGCAAAAGAGUCAGGAGCGUAACGGUCUCGCAUCGCCACUGUGGGACAGCUUGAGGCCCAGGAGCGGAUUGCCCCAUCAGUAUCAAGGUGGCACAGCAGAGGCGCGAGUCGGCGGCGCUGGCACCCGGUGGCAGGACAGCAGGCAAACCGAAAGGCAGCGUGAACAGGAGGCACUCGGCCUCCGUGUCGACGAUCCUCGCACGCCCCGCCUCACCCCGGAACCCCCAGCUCUCUCCGUUGCAGAGCUGAUAAGGUCUCCAACAGUGAGGUGGUCCAGCCGAAGUUGUCGUAGCUUGCCCCCCACGCCCACGCCGAGUUACCAUCACCCGCUCCACCCCCCACUGCCAGCGGUGGGCAUGGUCGCCGAGAGGAAGAAACGUUUCGAGCUCUAACCCGCAACCUUCGUAUCCGGUUCUUUGCUACUCGUUCGAUCCUCCAUGGCACCCAGAUCCCCUGUCGUCUGUCCCAUAUCUCAUGGUGCUAGAACCGUGAGCAGCAGCAGCAGCAGCAGCAGCAGCAACAGCAGCACGCCUUUGCAUAUCUUCAUCCGAAACAACGUCGCAUUCGUCACUGCCAGAGAACAGAAUCCUGCAACGCCUAGCUCGUGUCGAUCGAUCGGGCUCGGGACCAGGCUCGUCGUCCUCGGACAAUAUUGAGCAUGUUUAUCAGGUAAACAUGAUACAAUAGCAGAAACGAGGCUCGGCUCCCGACAGUCGCCAACGUUCUUCUUCGAGGCUCGUCCGGCCAAUCUUGAUUGUCUCGUUGCUCUUACCCCCCGUUUUUUCCAGAGGACCCGUUUUUUUUUACCAAUGGAACUUUUGCUAAGCACGUUUACAAGGCUGUGCCGUGCGAUCACGGCCGUCGUUUGAUACGCAUUUAGACUUUGAUACGCGAAUUUUUUUUCCGUAGGAACGCGUGCGGUGCUCGCGUUUUUCUCGGGCAUCGUACCCGCUGCCAGCCGUUUCCGGUUCCGUCGCGAUCGGCCGUCGCGAUCGUCCACGAUCUGUCCCGUUGGGUGUACAAAUUCUGGUGCUUUCCGCUCGUUGAACACAAUCUGGAUAACCGGUUCGCAUAAACAGUCGCACUCUUCGUUUACUCGUACAAUAGGAACCAGCUCGCAGAGGUUCUACGACGGAACCGGACCACGGUAGCCAGCGGACGCGAAGAAAGGCGCAGCGGAACGCCGUCGACCGACGAAAUUUUCCGUAGAAAUCGGCGAGAAAUCGGCGAGAAAUCGCCGAUUUAUUCCUCGUGCAGCGUCUCAAAUUUAAACGUUUCGGAAGAAUCUCUAAAGCGAACAACCGGCGAGCAAACGGCGUUCCCCUGCGCCGUACGAGUCGUGUCGUCGUGUGUGUACAAGUGUCUCGUGAUAGCAAACGCGAUGUAAGGCGUACGUGUAUCGGUGUGACCGCAAAACAGUUCUUCGAUGGUCGUUUGAGUUCGUAUCGGGAACGAUUUCGUACAAUUAGAGGGUCCGUUCACCAUCUCGCGACCCCACGAGGGGGCUAAUUGGAAGGCGACGCGGCUGAAACAAUCGUUUUCUAGGGAGGCUCUUUGAUUAUUAUUCUCGGAUUCGUCGGCACCGUUCGUCGCGGCUGCGUUUCUCCUUCUUCCACCAUUUGUUUCUGUAAAGUCGUUCUUUUUCUCCUUCGCAGCUAGAGAGAGACUACUUCGUUUUCUAUCGUCCCUCGUUCUUCUUCUCCGUCUCCGUUGUUUCGUUCGAGAAUCGAAAGAAAGUAUUUUUACGCUUGUUUCUCGCUCUUGUUAUGUAUAGAUUCUGCACAUAUAUCGAAUAUUACGGCGUUGUCACGUUGCACUGUGUAUUACCGCAUUUCUCUCAUUGUGUACAUGUUUUUAGUGUUCGGAAUCGCGAUCAUUUUUUUCAUGUUAAAUACUGUAUAGUUUAUGACGUUUCGAUUCUAAGGAGCAAAGUAUAAAUAGCCUAGGAAUUAACCCCUUCCAUAUGAAAGUGGAUUGUUUAUAUUAUAUGUUAUUAUUGUAUUCUAUAUUAUAUUAUAUGUCGUCGGUGUCGUCCACGGCGUCGACGACGUCCGGCAUCUCAGCGGGCGCAAACAAAAAAAAAAAAAAACGUACGAAGAAUAAUCGAUAACAAUACGCGGUUCAUUAUCUCUUAUGUAGAGUAAUUACUCAGGAUUGUUUAACAUUUAUAAUAUAUUACGAUUAUACUUAUUGUA